GCUGGAUGCAGGGAUGCCCACAUCCAAGAUGGCGCUCCCAGGCGCUGGGAGCCGUUGACCGGCGGCGGGGAAGCGGCCUGGGUUGGCCCUCCGAUUGCGGGAUCCUGGGGGCAUCUCGCCGGGUACCCCGCUGGCCCGCCUAGAAGGCCUGCCCUGGGCCCGAGCCAUGGCUGCCGAAAACAGCAAGCAGUUUUGGAAGAGGAACGCCAAGCUGCCGGGGAGCAUCCAGCCUGUGUAUGGAGCACAGCACCCUCCUCUGGACCCUCGGCUCACCAAAAACUUCAUUAAAGAACGGUCAAAGGUCAACGCAGUUCCUCUGAAGAAUAAGAAGGCCUCCAGUUUCCAUGAGUUUGCCCGGAACACCAGUGAUGCGUGGGACAUUGGUGAUGAUGAGGAAGAGGACUUUUCCCCCCCUUCUUUCCAAACUCUGAACUCAAAAGUUGCUUUGGCAACUGCCGCUCAAGUCCUAGAAAACCACAGCAAGCUGAGGGUGAAACCAGAACGGUCCCAGUCAACAACAUCCGACAUUCCUGCCAACUACGUCAUAAAGUCCAGCAGUGAUGCCCAACUGUCCAGAAACUCCAGUGAUUCGUGCCUAAGGAAUGCACUCCACAAACAGCAAUCACUCCCAAUCCGACCCAUCAUCCCCCUCGUUGCCCGGAUCUCAGACCAGAAUGCUUCUGGGGCACCCCCAAUGACUGUCCGGGAGAAAACCCGCCUAGAAAAGUUCCGUCAGCUUCUCUCCAGCCACAACACUGACUUAGAUGAACUGAGGAAGUGUAGCUGGCCAGGUGUUCCCAGGGAGGUUCGACCUAUAACGUGGAGACUCUUGUCGGGCUAUCUCCCAGCCAACACCGAGAGGAGGAAGCUGACCCUGCAGAGGAAGCGGGAGGAAUAUUUUGGUUUCAUUGAGCAGUAUUACGACUCUCGCAAUGAGGAACAUCACCAGGACACCUACAGACAGAUCCACAUUGACAUCCCACGGACGAAUCCUCUCAUCCCAUUGUUCCAGCAGCCACUUGUACAGGAGAUCUUCGAAAGAAUUCUAUUUAUUUGGGCCAUCCGGCACCCUGCCAGUGGGUAUGUCCAGGGAAUUAAUGACCUGGUCACUCCGUUCUUUGUCGUCUUCCUCUCAGAACAUGUGGAAGAGGAUGUGGAGAACUUCGAUGUGACCAAUUUGUCUCAGGACGUGCUGCGCAGCAUUGAAGCUGACAGCUUCUGGUGCAUGAGCAAGCUGCUGGACGGCAUCCAGGAUAACUACACCUUCGCACAACCAGGGAUCCAGAAGAAGGUCAAGGCGCUGGAAGAGCUGGUGAGCCGGAUUGAUGAGCAGGUACACAAUCACUUCAGGCGGUACGAGGUGGAAUACCUACAGUUUGCCUUCCGUUGGAUGAACAACCUGCUUAUGCGGGAGCUUCCCCUUCGCUGCACCAUCCGCCUGUGGGACACAUACCAGUCUGAACCAGAGGGGUUCUCCCACUUCCAUCUCUACGUGUGUGCAGCUUUCUUGAUCAAGUGGAGGAAAGAGAUCUUGGAUGAGGAGGACUUCCAGGGUCUCCUCAUGCUGCUACAAAACCUACCUACGAUACACUGGGGCAACGAAGAGAUCGGGCUGCUCCUCGCCGAGGCGUACCGGCUCAAGUACAUGUUCGCCGACGCCCCCAAUCACUACCGCCGAUAGGUGCUAUCUCCCCGUGGGGACCCAGACUGCCCCCAUCUCCGAUGGCAAUCUGAUCCCUGUGGCCACUGUGCGAGCCGUGGAGGACCAGGAACCACUCCUGCUGUAAAAAGCUCUCAUCCGCCGCCCAGGUCUUAACUUUCUGGCGUGCCUACCCACCACUCCACGUCUCUGGACGGGUCUCCUGGACCGCUGUCAGUAUUCCAUGCACGGGCAUGGGCCAGCUCUGGGAGAGGACUGGAAAGAGGUACAGGGUUGUCUGCCCCUUUCAAAGAAACUGGAGAAACCAAGGGGAAGGCUCAGGGUCUUAACUCACAUUGGACUUGCUGUCUCUUGCCUCCCAGCCCCAACUGAUAUUGUUGCUUUUUGUGACAUCGUUUGAUUUGAUCACAGGUCAGAAACGCCUUAUGUUUUCCAAAUACUCCUAGCCCCUCUGCCCUGUCCACAGUUCCUAGCCCUUCGCCUGCUGCCCUGGGCUGAGCCAGUGAGGGGCGGCUUUUUAAGACCAUUGUUCCCAGAUGGAGGAGACACUGAUGCUUAUAACUCUGGGCAGAGCCUGUACCCAGGGCUAGGGAUUUUAUUUUUCCUUUUCUCACUACUACGUGAGCGUCGUUUGUGUUCAUGGUGGGUAUGCCCACUCGGCAUUUCGUUACCUGUCUGCACUUCUUUGUCCAGACUAGCCCAUCACGCCGGCUGGGAAAGGCCCAGCGGCCACGUGUACAAGCGUCCCUUGAGAAGGACAGGGCAGGGGAGGAAGAAGGUCUUUUUACCUCUCCAAAUCCUUUUCCUUGAUGACCCACUCCAAGAUAUUAUGUGUAAAUUGUGUUAUUAUGUAUAUGGGUAAAGAUGUACAAAUAUAUGUCCUCUUUGUAGCA